AUCUGCAAAUAAAAAAGUCUGAUUUAGAAUUGACUUUUAAACUUUUGUAUUUCAAAAAUCCUGGCUAGGAAAGGAAACUGGCUUUACAGAAAAAGAAGACAUUAGGAGAAAGGGGGGAGUGAGAGGCCUGCAGGUCAUGUCCCACCUUUGGAUUGGGCGGACAGUUUGACGUGUCGUGCUGAGAGCUCCUCAUAUGUGGGGGCGGUCAGUCAGACCCCUGCUGAGCGGAGCAGGACCCACAGAGACAAAGAGAGCAGACACUGGACAGACCAACGGAGAAGACUCUGCACCCAGAUACGAUGAAGUCUUUACUCUGGAGCCUCUUGUACUGCGCUUCCCUGCUGCUGUCUGACGUACUGGGCACAUAUCACCACCUCAGUGCAGGAGAUCCUCAGCUGAUAGCUGCACAGAGCUACGCUCAAACCAGAAAUAAUGGUCGACCACCGCAGAGGACCCUGAAUCCAGCAAUUCACAGAAGUGAUUACACGUAUAGAGGAGGGUAUCACUACCACUACCAGCCACCAAGGAUCCCUCCACCGGUAGUGUAUCGACCUAUUCCUCUAUCUCCACCAGUGACUUACCACAGACCCUCAGUCCCUAUGCCGCCCUAUCACCACAGGUUCACAGGGCCACACAUGCACCACAUAUACAAAGGUCUAUCUCCACCUGUAGCUCACCACCCACACCAGAGGGUCAAAGGCCCAUUUCCUUACAAAUUUAAAGCUCCAUGUCCAACAAAGUCAGACCCCACAGUGCCCACAAUACCUGUGGUACGCCUUCCUACCAUCCUCCCAACUCUGCCAGAGCCGACACUGCCGCCAACUCUGCCAGCAACCACAAUGGCACCGCUGACAACCAUCAUGCCGGUGGUGGUGACCACAUUGCCUCCAGUGGAGACCACCGCUCCUGUGACGCUACCGGUCAGUACCCAAAGCGGCUUCAUCACCACCGUCAGUCCUGUGGAGACAGAGACAGAGUCUCAGUGCAGGAGCCGUCCCCUGGACCUGGUCUUCAUCAUCGACAGUUCUCGCAGCGUGCGCCCUGGUGAGUUUGAGAAGGUCAAGAUCUUCCUGGCUGAUAUGGUUGACACUCUAGACGUGGGCUCAGAGGCCACCAGAGUGGCUGUGGUCAACUAUGCCAGCACGGUCAAGAUUGAGUUCCUGCUCAAAGACCACUUCAACAAACCUGACAUGAAGAAAGCCAUCUCCCGCAUCGAGCCCUUGGCGGCUGGCACCAUGACCGGCCUCGCCAUCAAAACCGCAAUGAACGAAGCCUUCACCGAGCAGUCUGGAGCCCGACCUCGCUCUAGGAAGAUCACCAAGGUGGCCAUCAUUGUGACGGACGGGAGACCUCAAGACCAGGUGGAGGAAGUGUCUGCCGCAGCCCGGGCCUCAGGCAUCGAGAUCUACGCUGUUGGGGUGGACCGUGCAGACAUGCGCUCCCUGCAGCAGAUGGCCAGCAUCCCCCUGGACGACCACGUCUUCUAUGUGGAGACAUACGGCGUCAUUGAGAAGCUCACCUCCAAGUUCAGGGAGACCCUGUGCGGUCUGGACCCCUGUGCCAUGGGACAUGACUGUGAACACAUUUGUGUCAACAGCAAUGCCUCCUAUUACUGCAAGUGCCGGAACGGUUACAUCUUGAAUGCGGACAAGAAAACAUGUUCACUGAAACCGGUGAAGGUGGAGGUGGUGGAGGAUCCCUGUAAAUGUGAAGCCAGACUGGCUUUUCAGAAGCAGACACAGGCCGCCAUCCAGCAGCUCACAGCCAAGCUCGCCGAUGUGUCUGGGAGAAUAGAGCGUCUGGAGAACAUGGUGGGCCGUGCUUAAAGCUGGUCAUAGU